AUGAGCCGUCUUGGCGGAGAACUCGUGGAUGUUGACAUGCGCCUUGAAGUCGAGGGCCUCCGGCUGGCGGAGGAAUGGCAUCAGCUGAAGGUGACCAUCAACUUCGGGCGCCUCCAGCGUGAGCAUGCCAACGCGGAGGCUGAGGCAUCCCUGGCAACCUCCCGUGAAACCAGCGCCCGAGCCUUGGAAGAGGCCAGGGAGGCUGAUCGUCGCCGUGCGAUCGCCGAGGAGCGCAGGCGGGAGCUCCUGGCCUUGAACGCCACUUUGGAGCAGCAGGUGGAGGCGCGCAGGGCCGCCUUCGCGUCGAUGAACGGGACGCCUGCCGAGGAGGAAGAGAUCCAGAAGCGCGAGGAGACGCUGGCGUUGGAAGCCAUGGAGCGUAGCCUCGAGCUUGAGAGGUUGGAGACGAGGGAGCGCCAGGUCGCCCAAGCAAAGGAUGCCGCUAACGCGCGUGAGGCAAGGAUCCAGAAGGAGAUUGAUAGCAGGGUGGCCGAGGCUCGCGCAGAUCUCGUUGGCAGGACUACUGCCCUCAGGUCGGAGUUGGCUGAGGCGGAGCAGCGCGAGAAAGCUGCUACAGCCGCCCUGGUCUCAGUGCAGGCCGAGCUGGCCUCCGCCCGCGCCGAGCUGCUUUCUCUUCAGCAGCGGGUCGCCAGCGCCGAGUCCUUCACGCAGCAGAGCAGGGAGGAAGCGCUCCGACGGCAGACGCUGGAGCGCGUGCACGCCCCCAUGCUCCAAAGCCUCAGGAUCAAAGCCAACGCGGCGCUGGGCACCAUCUGCGACGAAGAUGCCCCUCAUCCCCACUCGAACGAUUACGCGAGUCACCUCCUUUUCAUCACCGAUGUGGUGACAUGCCUGGAGAAUCGAUCCGAGAGGGAUCGCGAGCUUGUUGAAGAGAGGAGCCGUGGCCUGCUCAGGGCCUUCACCUCUGAGGACGACGCGGUGGUGGUCGCUGCGGAUGAAGGUGACGUGGUCGACGAUGGUGAGGGCGAUGCCGGCAAUGGUGACGGUGAUGACAAUGACGGUGAUAGCGACGCCAGCGACGCGCCUGAGGACGAUCCGGAGGAUGCGGUGAGCGACAUGUCCAAUUGA